AUGCGAGGACCCAAAAAAGGAGACGUUGUAAAAAGGAGGCUAGUGAAACUCGUCGUUAAUUUUCUCUUCUACUUUCGGACGGAUGAGGAGGAGCCAAUAGGAGCGUUGCUCUUGGAACAAUGUAGAGUGGAGAGAGAAGACAACUUGACCUUCUCAAUAAUUUUUCUUGACGAAGCAGAGCGAAAGUAUCAGUUUGAAUGUGAUUCAGAGGAGCAAUGUGGGGAGUGGAUUGACUCAAUUAUCAAGGCCAGUUAUGAGUUCAUGAGGAAGAAUAUUAUAUUUUAUAGAACUGAAAUUCACAAGCUUACUGGCAAGGACCCUUUGGAACAGUAUGGCAUAUCAGAUGAAACUCGCUUUCAAAGAGAGCGUAGUCACGGGCACGCUGCCAUGGAUCAAGACUAUGAGAGCAGACUGCUAAGGCAGAUCAACAUCCAAAAUGAGAAUGCCAGCCCUGUUAAAGUUGUGCGAGCUUUGACACCCACCAGCUCCCCACUGUCUUCACCAAGCAAGCAUGGUGAUCGGUUCAUUCCCUCCCGGGCAGGAGCCAACUGGAGUGUCAACUUUCACCGCAUCAAUGAAAUUGAGAAGUCACACAAUCAAAACAGAAAAACCAAAGAUGGCACAACUGACAGCAGCAAAGCUGAUGGUCUGGCUUACUCAGCUCUACUCAAAAAUGAGCUGCUCGGAGCUGGUAUAGAAAAAGUUCAAGACCCCCAGUCAGAAGAUCGACGUCUGCUCCCAUCUAGUCCUGCCAAAAGAAGUCUUUUUAGUUAUUCUGUAAGUACAAAAAGGGCUUUGUCUGAAGAAGAUGGAAACACCGUUUCUCCAUAUUCUCUCUCGCCAGUCAGUAGCAACAGUCAGAAACUGUUGCGGUCACCAAGGAAACCUACGCGAAAAAUUUCCAAAAUCCCGUUCAAAGUUCUGGAUGCGCCUGAACUUCAAGAUGAUUUCUACCUCAAUCUCGUGGACUGGUCUUCUCUGAAUGUGCUGAGUGUCGGUUUAGGUACCUGUGUUUAUCUGUGGAGCGCCUGCACCAGUCAGGUGACCCGUCUUUGUGAUCUUUCUGUGGAAGGGGAUUCGGUGACAUCAGUUGGCUGGUCUGAAAGGGGCAAUCUGGUCGCAGUUGGUACACAUAAAGGUUAUGUGCAGAUCUGGGAUGCUGCAGCGGGGAAGAAGUUGUCCGUACUUGAAGGACACACUGCGAGAGUUGGUGCACUGGCAUGGAAUGCAGACCAGUUAUCGUCGGGAAGUCGUGAUCGAGUGAUUUUACAGAGAGACAUUCGAGCUCCACCUCUUCAAUCAGAGCGACGCCUCCAAGGACAUAGGCAGGAAGUGUGUGGGCUCAAGUGGAGCACUGACCAUCAGCUUCUCGCUUCCGGUGGAAAUGACAACAAGCUGCUUGUGUGGAAUCACUCAAGUGUCCUACCCGUACAGCAGUACACAGAGCACUUGGCUGCAGUUAAAGCUAUUGCAUGGUCUCCACAUCAACAUGGGCUGCUGGCCUCCGGAGGGGGCACGGCAGACCGCUGCAUUCGCUUCUGGAACACACUGACUGGACAGCCGCUUCAGUGCACUGACACUGGCUCCCAAGUUUGCAAUCUGGCCUGGUCCAAGCAUACUAAUGAACUGGUUAGCACGCAUGGAUAUUCACAAAACCAGAUUUUGGUGUGGAAAUAUCCUUCUCUUACUCAAGUAGCCAAACUAACUGGCCAUUCAUACAGAGUACUCUACCUGGCCAUGUCCCCUGACGGCGAAGCAAUUGUGACCGGAGCUGGAGAUGAAACUCUUCGAUUUUGGAAUGUUUUUAGUAAAAUGAGAUCAACAAAGGAGUCUGUGUCUGUGUUGAAUCUCUUCACCAGGAUUCGGUAG